UUUCGGAAGAACGUUUUACAAGAGGGAAAUUUUCAAAUCGAGAAGAGGCGCUCCGUUACACAAACAAUGCUGAAACCGGGCAAAGGGAAGACUCCUCGGAGACCUGGACCAAAGAAGGCAUCCAACAUAGAAAGAGAUCCUGUAGGAGUGUACUGCCGUAUACGUCCCCUUGGGUCAGAGGAUGAAGAAUGUUGCGUUGAGAUGAUCAGCAGCACCACCAUUCAGCUGCAUGCUCCCGAUGGCCUUAAAGCUAACCGAAAUGGGGAAUACAAGGAGACACAGUACUCCUUUAAGAAAGUAUUUGGCAUUAACACCACUCAGUUGGAGCUUUUUGAGGAUAUUGCCAAGCCAUUGGUGGAGGAUCUCAUUCACUGUAAAAAUGGUCUGCUGUUUACUUAUGGCGUUACUGGAAGUGGUAAAACCUUCACUAUGACCGGCUCUCCUGGUGAAGGUGGACUCCUCCCCCGCUCUCUAGACAUGAUCUUCAACAGCAUUGGCCCCUUUCAGGCUAAAAGAUUUGUGUUCAAACCAGAUGAUAAAAAUGCCAUGGAGAUCCAGAGUCAGGUUGACGCUCUCCUCGAUAGGCAGAAGCGAGACAGUCAGCAGACUGUGCCCAAAACGCCAUCUUCCAGGCAGAAGCCUGACCCAGAAUUUGCAGAUAUGAUCAGUUCCGAGGAAGCCUGUAAAUCUGAGAAUGUCGAUGAAGACUGUUGUUACAGCGUGUUUGUUUCCUACAUCGAGAUCUACAACAACUAUAUCUACGAUCUCCUUGAAGAUGCUCCGUAUGACCCGAUCAGAUCAAAGUGGCUCGGUGGAAGCACGCCUGUGCGGAACAAUGAACCGCCUCAAUCUAAGAUUCUGCGGGAGGAUCAGAAUCAUAACAUGUAUGUGGCUGGCUGCACAGAGGUGGAGGUAAAAUCGACAGAAGAGGCUUUUGAAGUCUUUUGGAAGGGACAAAAGAAAAGGAGGAUAGCCAACACUCAGCUCAACCGUGAAUCCAGCCGCUCCCACAGUGUAUUCACAAUAAAACUGGCCCAGGCACCACUAGAUGCUGAUGGGGACCACAUACUACAGGUCACUGAACAGGACAAAAACCAGGUGAACGUGAGCCAGCUGUGCCUGGUUGACCUGGCCGGCAGUGAGCGCACCAACAGAACCAGAGCAGAGGGAAGCCGUCUUCGUGAAGCAGGAAAUAUUAACCAGUCCUUGAUGACGCUGCGCACGUGUAUGGAAGUCCUGCGUGAAAAUCAGAUGUGUGGAACUAAUAAGAUGGUACCAUACAGAGACUCUAAAGUUACCCAUCUUUUUAAAAACUACUUUGAUGGGGAGGGGAAAGUCAGGAUGAUUGUUUGUGUCAACCCAAAGGCUGACGAUUAUGAAGAAACUGUGCUGGUGAUGCGCUUUGCAGAGAUGACCCAAGAGGUAGAAGUGGCACGGCCGGUUGACCGUCCAAUCUGCGGCCUUGCUCCAGGACGCAGGCACAGAAACCAGGCCUUCAGAGAUGAGCUGUCACGUCGCCUGGAAGAACGAGGAGGUCCCAGUAAUGCUGAUGACGCAGUUCUGAUGACUCAGCUCAUAGAAAGCCUUCCAGCUUUACCUACCUGUGAGCUGGUGGACCCAAAUGAUGACCAAACACUCCCUCGUCUGAUUGAGGUCCUGGAAAGGAGGCAUCGGGUCCGCCAGAUGAUGACAGAACAGUUCAAUAAAACUGCUAAUACAGUGAAGUCCAUGCUUCAGCAGUUUGACAGUCAGCUCUGUUCAAGGGACGCCUUCCUCCACGAUCAACAAAGCAAACUGAGUGAAAAGGACAAAGUCAUUCUCAACCAGAAGACAGAGAUCGAGCGAUUAGAGAAAAAGUCCAAAACUCUGGAAUAUAAGAUCGAUAUCCUGCAGAAGACGACAGACAUGUACGAGCAGGACAAACGCUCACUUCAGCAGGAGCUGGAGACCCGGGAGCAGAGGCUGCAGAAAGAGCUGUCCGAGAGGAAGCGCCUGGAGCAGCGCAUGCAAGGCGUGAUGACAGACACCAAACUCAAGUGGGAGAAGGAGUGUGAGAGACGGGUGAACGCAAAGCAGCUGGAAAUGCAGAACAAGCUGUGGGUAAAGGAUGAAAAACUGAAGCAGCUAAAGGCCAUAGUGACGGAGAGCAGCGGCCCCGCUGAGCGUCCAGAGAAGCCUGAGAGACCCUCCAGGGAGAGGGAUCGAAACAUCGCCCAGAAGAGGUCUGCGUCACCAUCACCGCUUCCUGACUUCAGCCAAACUCCUUCCCACCAAAUUAAAGCCAGUGUUAGGGCAGUUCAGGAUCUUUACCCCAUCUCCACACCCUCCUCAUCUUCUGACUAUCCUUCAGUAGCCUCCUGCAUCUCUAAGUGGGAGCAGAGGCUCCCUGUAGAAUCAGGCAGUCAGUAUAGGCUUCCUGGGACUCCCCAAUACAGGAGCCGGACUCCCGCCCCAUGCCACAGCACCAGCAGUGUGGGUCGCAGGAGAGGCCAGCGCGGGGCCCCAAACACUGAGGCCCCUGCCACCACUCUUGUCUAUGGACUAGACCUAGAAGCAGGCACAAGGAAGGCUCUUCCAGCUCAUCCAAAACACAGGCGCUCACACUCUGCCGGUGGGGAGAAAUGGGUAGACCACAAACCACCCUCUAAUUUGGAGCUAGACACUGUCAUGCAGCCAAUCAUACCCAAUGCAAUCAAGGUGUCCACCCCGAGCGAGAAGGCUCUGUCUAAAUGCCACAAAUAUGUGCUUAGACAUCAAGAGCUUGCCUCCGACGGGGAGAUCGAAACCAAACUGAUCAAGGGCAAUGUGUUUAAGACCAGAAGUGGAGGACAAGCUGUGCAAUUUACUGACAUUGAGACUCUCAAACAAGAGUGCCCAACAGCACCGAGUCGCAAACGACGAUCAGGAUCUGCAGAAGGACCAGCUGAAGUGGAGGACAUAGAAAACAGGGCUCCAGUGGCCAGCACAAAUUCAGCCCAUGGGUAUCAAAAACGCAGAAGGCCUUAAACUGCCCUAAAUAUUUUUGUCUUUGUAUGACAUGCAAGAGGUCGGCUGGCUGUCAGGAAGGUGAAGGGAAACUAUGCAUCUGUUUAAUACGAAGAGUUUUUUUUUAAUUAUUAUUAUGUCAUUUCCUACUAGAAAUUAUUCUGGUGUAUUAUACUUUAUCAUAGCUGGAAUAAUGUAGAAUAUUUCACUUGUAAUUGCUGGAUUAGUGUAACUUUUUGAUUACUGGAAAUGUUGCUUCUUAAAAACAUGGACACACUAAAAAGCACUAUAUAACAAUUCAAUGUUUUAUACUUUUGAAUGCCAUGUACUAUUCAAAGAUUAGCAUAUGUGUGUGCUAUACGCCUGUUUGUUCUCUCUUUUUUUUUUUUUUUCCCGUAUGUCAUUGUUUUUCUUUUCAAAGGUCAUUGAUUGAUUGAUCGUCACAUCAAGCAUAUUGCUGAUUAUAAAAACACAGUUUUAGAUUAUAUUGUGUAGAAUUGCAACUGUAAAUAUUACACCAUUAUGUAGGUUUUGAAAUCAGUCUCUGGCUACAUGUAAAUAGGUGUUAUGAAGCGUUUUCCUGAGAUCUGUAGCACACGACUCUUUUUGGUGGCAUUAAAUUUAUUCAAAUACGAA